AUGGAGAGUAUUAAAAUCAGACCAGCGACAACUAGUGAUAUUCCAAUCAUCCGUCAACUUGCUUCGACAAUAUUUCCAGCAACAUACAAAGAGAUCCUCACUCCUAAGCAAAUUGACUACAUGAUGGAUUGGAUGUAUUCUGAAAAAAGCCUUAUAAAGCGGAUGGUUGACUUGAAUCAUAAAUAUUACCUUCCAUUUGUUAAUGAUAAUCCUGCCGGCUACCUUUCCAUUCAUCAAGAAGGCCCAGAUUUAUUCCAUCUCGAAAAAAUUUACGUUCUCAUAGAUUAUCAGCAUACUAAGCUUGGUAAGGCCUUGUUCUUACAUGUUAAAGAGAUGAUUCACUCAUUUCAUCCAGAACCAUGCAAAAUGGAAUUGAAUGUCAACCGUAAUAACAAAGCAUUGGGAUUCUAUCAGCAUAUGGGCAUGAAAAUCGCUCGUCAAGGCGAUUUCCCUAUUGGAAAUGGGUAUUAUAUGAAUGAUUAUAUCAUGUCAAUAGAUUUAGAGUAA